ACAUGCUCCGUCAGGCCCUGUGGAUCCCCACUCACCCAUUGAGAUUUCUGGUGGCUUAAAGUGACGUUCCGGCUGCUGAAGCUCUAUGACCUGCAGCGUUUUCCUGGCCCAGAUCCAAGAGAUCUGCAUGCGUUUUGCCAUUCGGAUGGUAAAUGAUGAGACAGACUAACAUGGAUUUCAGCACCUCUUCUGUGUUUGAUCAGCAAAAAGGUGACUCUGCUGAGGAAAUUGACCUGACCAUGGUUUAUCAGGCAGCAUCUAACGGAGACGUCAAUGCUCUGACUGCAGUAAUUCGGGAAGACCCUUCCAUCCUGGAAUGCCGUGACAGUGAAGGAUGUACACCCUUGAUGCACGCGGUUUCUGGACGUCAAGUGGACACAGUAAAACUGCUGUUGAAGAUGGGAGCCAACAUUAACACGCAGGAUACAUAUGGUCGCACAAGUUUAUGCCUGGCAACCUACCUGGGUUGGCUUGAAGGCUGUGUGAGUCUGCUCAGAAAUGGUGCCAAGCACAACAUCCCAGAUAAAAAUGGCCGCCUGCCAUUGCAUGCUGCCACUGCAGAGCCCGAUGUAAGGCUCCUCACUGUCCUGCUGCAGCAGUCAAACCUCAGUGAAAUCAAUCACCAGGACAGUGAAGGAAUGACACCGCUCCACUGGGCGGCUUUCCACAACCGGCCUCAACACACCCAAAUGCUGCUGAAGAAAGGGGCAGAUCCCACCCUUGUGGAUAAGGACUUCAAAACGGCUCUCCACUGGGCAGUCCAGAGUGGAAAUCGAAUUCUGUGUUCCAUCAUUCUGAGCCAUCAUCAGGGCCCGUCCAUAAUCAACCAUGACGAUGAAAGCGGGAAGACAUGUGUUCACAUUGCAGCAGCUGCAGGGUUUGGCGACAUUAUUAAUGAACUGGCAAAAGUCCCUGAGUGUAACCUGCAAGCUCUGGAUGUGGAUGACAGGACGCCCCUGCACUGGGCUGCAGCUGCAGGGAAGGCAGAAUGUGUCCAGUCCCUGCUGGAGCUGGGCAUGGACAGCAACCUGAGGGACAUGAACGAGAGCACGCCCCUGGCCUAUGCCCUGUACUGCGGUCACACGGCCUGUGUCAAGCUCCUCUCCCAAGGCAGCAGAACAGAGCCUGCUCGACCCCUUCCCACCCAGAACAGUCGACCCCCAAAGAAGGAAGGACGGUUUAGCAUGUUCAACCAAAUCUUCUGUAAAAACAAGAAAGAUGAACAGAAGGCCCACCUGAAGGAUCACAGCAAAGACCAACACAGGGGGGAGGACACCUCGGAAGUUGAUGACAUCAUCACCACCUUUGACAGCAUCCUUGAUACCAACUGCCAAGACCAGCCUGGUGACCAGGUGGCUAUGGUUGACUUUAAGAAGAGGACCUCAGAGAAUUCAAAGUAUCUCUUGCCAGAGAAGAAACCUUUGACCCGGAAGGGGCUUCCACCAAUAAGAACACAGAGUCUCCCACCCAUCACCCUGGGUAAUAACUUCCUGACAGCCUCCCAUGGGACCACUUCCCACGCUGGCCUAAGCUCUGGCACUCAGCCUACCACUCAACGAUCUCAGAAGAGCCGAAGUGAACAGGACUUGUUAAAUAACAGGACUGGCUGCCAGGUGUUGCUAGAUAAUCCUUGGAAGGGUGAUUCUAACCAGGUGUUCUCCUACAAAGCAUGGACUGUGUCUUCUUCCGAUAAGCUGCUAGACAGGCUGAUGGCUGCCCGGCCUUGUCACCAUGAGCUCUCUGGGCCACCACAUCUUCCUCAUCUACACAAUCCCACACCAGGCAAAAUUUUCAACUUCUGUCCCCAAACAGACCCAAAAUGAGGGAUCAUCCUUUUACUAGGAACAACCUAGCUCCCCUACCAGACCAAAAAU